AGUAGGGUUGGCUACGUCGUGCGUUUAUUGUCGUAGGCUUCUUAUGAUCAUAUCUUAAAUGGGCUUUUCUUACAGCUCGUCACGGACCAUCAUCAUAGUGAGGCUACUGAAAAGCAUGGAGGGGUGAUUUAGUUGGUUCGCCCACUUUGUAUAUUCAGGCCUACUUGGAGUAAAACCAUUGUCGAUAUGAUAUAAAACACGGAAUAGUCUCCUAUCAUUAUAUAAUUCUUGGCAGGUGUACAAGAUGAGACUAGUGUUACUGUUAAGGCAGGUAUUACCGGCUGACAACAGACAUCUGGUGUGUUGCGUUGCAUAAUUAGCUGUCAAAAUUGCCUUCUUCGAGUUCUUCAUAGCAGAAAAUGUGACAGGCCUAUUUGUCUAUCCUGUUGAAAUGUAUGCUAUGACUGAAGGAUCGUAUAGCCUAGUAAAAUUGACAUAUUAAGAAAAUGAGCAUAAGAAGAUGGAUGAAUAUGCGCGCUUCAUGAUUUUUAUUAAGGAGCAGACUAGGAUGUAAACGGGAGGGGGCGUUUCUCUCUCCCUGAAAUAUAAAACAGAGGCGUUCACGCACACGCACGCAACCGAGCGCUCAGCAGCUGUCAUCCAAAAACGAAGACUUGUUUAUCUCUAGCAGUAGCCAUGUAUCCUUUCUCCUGCCUGCUGUUGUGAAACAUAAUAUAUGAAGCUUCGAAUGUCCACGACUAGCUGAAUUCCCUAUAUUAUUAAUAGAACUCUGCUCCAAUUCCUGCCUCUUCACUACCACAGACUAUCAGAAGCCCUUGGCCAUGAAGACUUCCAGUGUUAUCCUUUUGCACUUGGUCCUCCUCUCACUCCUAGCCUCCCGCUCCCUUGCUCAGACUGAGGCAGAUAUCGUGGUAACGACACGUCAGGGACGAGUCCAGGGAGUGCGCCUCCCUGUGCCAGACCAUGGCCAUGUUGUAGCUUUCCUGGGCAUCCCGUUCGGUGAGCCCCCUGUGGGGAAGAGGCGCUUCCGGCAAGCGGAGCCAAAGAAGGCCUGGAAUGAUGUAUUGGAAGCCAAAGACUACUCCAGUGCCUGCUACCAGUAUGUGGAUAAGUCUUUCCCGGGCUUUCCUGGCAGUGAGAUGUGGAACCCCAACCGAGUAAUGGAUGAGGAUUGCCUGUUCCUCAAUGUAUGGGUCCCAGCCUCCCCCAGGCCACACAACCUGACUGUAAUGGUGUGGAUCUAUGGAGGAGGUUUCUACAGUGGCUCCUCCUCCCUGGAUGUGUAUGAUGGGCGCUACCUGGCCAACACAGAAAAGGUUGUCGUAGUCUCCAUGAAUUACCGAGUCGGUGCAUUUGGGUUCCUUGCCCUCCAUGGCUCCCAUGAGGCACCUGGCAAUGUGGGUCUCCUGGAUCAGCGCCUGGCCCUCCAGUGGGUUCAAGACAACAUCCAGUUCUUUGGAGGGAACCCAAAGCAAGUGACCAUAUUCGGGGAGAGUGCUGGUGGAGCAUCAGUGGGAAUGCACCUCUUGUCCCCAGAGAGUCGUCCAACUUUCACCCGUGCCAUCCUGCAGAGUGGUGUCCCCAAUUGCCCAUGGGCUACAGUCAGCCCCGCUGAAGCACGGAGGAGGGCCACCCUGUUGGCCAAGUUGGUUGGCUGCCAGGGAGGCAAUGACACAGAGAUCGUGGACUGCCUGAGGAACAAGUCCCCCCAGGAGCUGAUUGACCACGAGUGGCAGGUGCUCCCGUAUAGCAGCCUCUUCCGAUUCUCCUUCGUUCCAGUCAUUGACGGAGUGGUUCUGCCCGACACUCCAGAUGCCAUGCUCAGUUCAGGCAACAUCAAGGACACCCAGAUCUUGCUUGGUGUCAAUCAGGACGAAGGGUCAUACUUCUUACUCUAUGGUGCCCCUGGGUUCAGUAAAGAUAAUGAGAGUCACAUCUCACGGGAGGACUUUCUGGAAGGAUUGAAGAUGAGCGUCCCGCAUGCCAAUGACAUUGGACUGGAAGCAAUAGUGCUGCAGUAUACUGACUGGAUGGAUGAGAAUAAUCAAUUAAAAAACCGGGACGCCCUGGAUGACAUUGUGGGGGACCACAAUGUCAUAUGUCCACUUCAUCACUUUGCCCGAUCAUAUGCCCAGAACAAUGCUAUGCAUUCCCAGGCUGGACAGGCAGGCCAGGGGGCAGGAGCGUUCAGUUGGGGCAAUUCGGGACCUGCCUCCAAUAGUGGAGGCAACUCACAGGGUGCUGUGUAUCUGUAUCUGUUUGACCAUCGGGCAUCCAACCUCGCCUGGCCAGAGUGGAUGGGGGUCAUUCAUGGGUAUGAAAUUGAAUUCGUUUUCGGACUGCCCUUGGAGAAAGGUCUGAAUUACACUUCAGAGGAAGACAAAUUGAGUCGACGAAUGAUGAGACAUUGGGCUAACUUCGCUCGCACUGGCAAUCCUGCCCUCAAUCCGGAUGGCACUUUUGACAGGCGGAGGUGGCCACUGUUCACAGCCAAUGAACAGAAGAAUGUGGCACUGAACACGGAUCCACUGAAAGUCCACAGAGGCCUGAGGACACAACAGUGCGCCCUGUGGAACCGCUUCCUCCCCCGCCUCCUCAACAUCACUGAUAACAUUGAUGAAGCUGAGCGCCAGUGGAAAGUGGAGUUCCAUCGCUGGAGCUCCUACAUGAUGCACUGGAAGAGUCAGUUCGACCACUACAGCAAGCAGGAGCGCUGCACCGACCUCUGAACGGGGAGACGCCAGGAUGUGUGAUCGAUAGAGAGAUACCAACAUCUUUUCAGAGCUUUGGCAACUUUGCUGUUGAAAUGAAAAUGGGUCAAAAAGUUGUUCACUAGUAAUGUGACUGAUACUCCGCCCCUGGGAGGGUGGGUGGGUGCGAUUGUAGAUUUCUUAUACCACACUAGCUGCUGUACGUAGUGCUCCUAGCAUUAGCAUUUGUCCUUUUAAUGUCAGUCACUACCUUCUACCUGUAAUAUUCACUUCCUCCUAAGACAUUUAGAUCUCUGUGUGAUGCUCGGCAGGCUGCUAUCAGAGACCAUGUAAAGGUGUGGUCAUCCAUGGGAAAGAUGUGCAAUUACCUCUGAAGACCGAGAUUGUGUGGGUAUGAGAGUGUGUUUCUGUGUGUGUGUGUGUGUGUGAGAGAGAGAGAGAGAGAGUGUGUGUGUGUGUGUGUGUGUGUAUGUGUAUGUGUAUUAUGUGUGUGUGUGUGUGUGUGUGUGUGUGUGUGUGAGUGUGCCUGGGGCAAGGAAACUCUCAUUGACUUCGGUCCUCAGGAUCCCCUCAUUUUCAAGAAUAUAUUUUGAUUUUGCCUUUUUGAUUUGCUUUGGUUCAGUGUCUCUGCUCUGUGUGUCGGUCUUAGUGAGUUGUCCUAUGUGUAUUCUGUAUACAGUAGUAUCCAUUCAUAUCUAUUUAUAUGUCUGUCUGUGGGUCCAGCUUACACCGUCGAACAGAUAUACAAAUCGGGAGCCAACUAAAACACUGCUUUAGAUUGCACUGAAAACAUAUACUCGGUACUGUUGUGUGUGUGUGUGUGUGUGUGUGUGUGUCCUUGUGUUUCAUUGUAAGUAUUCAUAUUUGACAUGCCUUUUCAUCACUACUCAGCAUGACUAUAACUCCUCUUUGCAUGGGUUCGUACAAUGAAUUGUGUCUAUCAAAAGACAUUGCACCAGGAAGCUAACCCGUGUCCACUUAAUUCAGUGUCAGUUUAUGAAUGCAUGUAUUUUGUGAGUGUAUGUGUAAGGCUGCGAGGUACAAAUGAAAACCUUCACAGGACAUUAUUGUCACUGUGCCAGGAGGUUGACCUGUAUUUUUUUCUCCUUUUUCAAACUGUGUGUGUAAGCACUCUCCCAAUUCAUUAUCCUAAUGGAGAGGAGGCAAUUUACUUAUUUCUCUUUUGAACAUGGCAGGCUGCUGCUGAGUCAGCCAUUGUAUCGCCUGACAGCUAUUAAUUGCAGUGGGUGAGUGGGAGAGGAAGAAAUGAGAACAAAAUACAGGUUCAUGAAAUCAUCUGCCAUUACCCCUCAUUCCCUUUCACCCAUUCAAUAUAACACCGUUAUGUGGCUCUGUGUGUGCAUUAUAACUGUAUAAUAUACAUUGUGCAUGCUUUAUCAGAUGUCAACAGUGUAAGACAUAGGAAAUGCUUUUGACCUACUUAGAAUGGGAGAAUUGUUUGCCAUGUGUCUCCUUUCCGUUUUUUGAUCACUGUCUCUUUCCAUGUCUACACCAGUCUAACUGUCUGUACAGUAUUUAUUUUGAUUUCCGUCAACAUUAUGGAUAGUAUCUGAAUCAGCUCUGUGGCAGUAUGAGGGGUCUUUUGGCAAGUAUUUAGAUCGCUUUUGUCACCAGGAAUGUAAUUCCUCAUCGUGACUGGAAUGGUGCUCUGUAGUUUCGCUUUAGAAUGUUUGUCAAAAUGACAUUGAAUUCAAAUGAUGGAAGGAUGCUGUGUAUGUAAAUGUAUCUGUGUGAAAGUAUGUGUGUGUGUGUGUGUGUGUGUGUGUGUGUGUGUGUGUGUGAGAGUGUAUGUUACAUAAGUUGAUGGGCUCAUGGCAAGUGAAAAGCCCUCCAUAUUUUCCCUUAUGCCAGUGAGUACUUUCUGCAUGUUCUUAACCUCUUCUCAUAGGCAUUGUGCUUCACAUUGACUGUUACCCUUUCUAAGAUAGCCUUUACCCAAUACUGAUGUGUGUUCUAAUAAUAUAACAGUGAAAGUACUACUGUAGCUCUGAGGAAAAGGUCUACAUUAGCAAUAAAUUAAAAACCAUUAUUUAUUGUAUUUGGUAUUUUAAUGCAAUGACACAUGCUCACAUAUUAUUUUGAGGAUGGUCAUUGUAAAGGCUUUGAUGUCUGAACAAAGCAAUAUAAAGAGUGCCAUAUUUGAUUUCAUUGAUUUUUCCAAAAAAGACACCCGUUCUGUACAUCAUGUGUUACAGUCGCUAGUACUUUAAAUAGAAUGGCUUUUGUAGAUUAUGUAUUGUAAUCAUGGAUGCAAGCCUGUUGUUUGUUCAUAGCCUCUAAUAGAAACACCAUGCUGCUGUCUUGUAACCACUUUAGAUUAUGAAACAUAGUAAGAACAAACAUUCAUACCGUUGAGCACUGGAAUGAGGAAGAGUCUUCCUUGGACUGAAAUUCAGAAAAUAUCCAAUUAGGUUAAAAUAAUAUUUUAUUUUAUUAUUAUUAUUAUUAUUGUUAUUAUUAUUAUAAUUAUUAUCAUUAUUAUUAUUAUAAUUAUUAUUGUUGUUGUUGUUGUUGUUGUUGAUUAUGAUAUUUUGUUGUCGUUUCUGUUGAUGCACCAGAUGAAGCCCCCUGUGCCAAAACCUUGUGUGGUGGCAGUAUGGUGCAGUCUCCCUGCAUGUUACUGUGUUUUCUCUCCUUUCUCUGGGUACUGUAAUUAAAGCCCCACAACACAACCUCAUUAAAGAAAUUAGAUUAAAAUCA